UACAACGUUCUCCCACCUUGCGACUCUCGUCAGCCCACCCAAACCAGCUGCUAGCGGCUUCUCUGCAUGUCUACCACGCAGCAGCCCCAGCCAAGCUUCUUCCCUACGUCCGCCAUCGAUCAUGCCUUUGCAGGGCUCGGUGCAGGCGUUGUCGCGGUACUAUGCAUGCACCCGCUUGACCUUCUCAAAGUCAAGUUCCAGGUAGCGACCGAGAAGCCGCAGGGUGGGAUCGGCCGUGCUAUAUGGUCCUCUCUCAAGGGCAUUCAUGCUCAGGACGGGCUGAGGGGUCUCUACCGAGGUGUCGGAUCUAACAUUGCCGGCAACGCGUCGAGCUGGGGCUUUUACUUCCUCUUCUACCACAUGCUCAAGCAACGGGCCUCUGGCGGCGAGCCGAACUACAAGCUAUCGCCCGGGGCGUACCUGCUGUGUUCUGCGCAAGCGAGUGCGGUGACGGCUAUCAUGACAAAUCCGAUAUGGGUCGUCAAGGUCCGCAUGUUUACUACAAAACCGAGCGACCCAACGGCGUAUCGCAGCCUAUGGCACGGCCUUUCCAGCGUAUGGCGAAAUGAAGGUGUUGCCGGGCUGUACCGCGGUACGACCUUGGCGCUAGUUGGUGUCAGUAAUGGCGCAAUUCAAUUUAUGGCAUAUGAGGAGAUGAAGAGGUGGGGUUUUGAGCGAAAAAGGCUACAAUUUACGAAAGCGGGGAAAGAGUACACGGCCGCUGACGACAAGCUAUCAAAUACCGCCUAUACGCUAAUGUCCGGAGCGAGCAAGUUAUUCGCUCUGACCUCAACUUAUCCAUACCAAGUAGUGCGCUCACGAAUACAGAAUAAUCUCACUUCCCACCUAUAUCCGACUAUCCCCACAUGUAUCAAGAAAACUUGGGCGGAGGAAGGUUUGCGCGGCUUCUACAGAGGUCUGGGCACGAAUCUUGUUCGGGUCCUCCCUGGGACUUGCGUCACCUUCGUCGUAUACGAGAACUUGGCGUGGUUGCUGAGGACAAGCGCCGUGAAGAGGGAACGACGGAAACAGCUCGCCACGGCGGAGGCAACAUGAGACAACGCUUACCCAGCGUGUUCCUCCACAGACUGACUCCUUCGGGAGGAUGAUCUACGCUUCUGAUCGCCUAGCACAGGCAUUGAAGCUAUUGGCUAUCUUCCAUGGAGGCCUUGGAGCUCGAGGCAGUCUUGCUGACUCAAGGCCCAUGCGUGCAGGCUGGGAGAUUGUGAUUGGAUGUCUAAUUACGAUGCGGCUUCUGCCAUAGACCCAUACUACUCACUUCUACUUAAAGUCCAUCACCGACUAGUACUCCUAUGUUCUGCCACAUGCUAUCGCGUAGCUUAGCUUGUGUAUAAUACUACACGCAUCCU